AUGACAUCGAUUGAGAUCCAGACCGUGAUAUCUACCGCGGCUGAUGGAAGAACUCGCGAUUUGAGAUACCGACAGAGACAGUUUAUCUCCCUCCACAAAUGGAUUACAAGUCAUCGAAUCGAUAUUGAGACUGCGGCUUGUAAAGACGAUAACCUCUCGAAGCUUGAAGCGCAGCUCAUGGUUUCUCUAACUCUUCGAGAACUUAGAGAACAAUAUGAGGAAUUAGAUCUGAAAAAAACCCUAGAUGGGGAAUACAGCGUCAAGAAUGGCCGCAACAAUGGAGGCGGAAGUUCAUCGGAAGACUUGGUCUAUAUCCUGCCUGAGGCAUUUACGUUCUUUUACAGCGUUAUGUGUGCCAUGUGCACCUGCAUUGCUGCUGGGUCCUGUUGUGUCAUUGAAUUGCCAACCGAUUUCAUGCACUCGAGCAGCGUCACUCGUCAAUGCCUGAUAGAAUCACUGGAUAUGACUGCCUAUGGAGUCACGAGCACUCGUCCACCGAGUGAAAUCUUGAAUCGUUGUCUUGUAAUUGAUCAAAUUGGUGUUCUACCGUCGCUAACGGGAAGACGUACCCUCAGAUCUCAACCUCAGCUGGGGACAGUGGCAGUUAUAGACCGCACAGCAAAUCUGGAGCUCGCCACCAAAGAAAUUCUUUGCUCAAGAACCUUCUUCUCCAGCGGUGGUCCAUAUGCUCCAAGUUGUAUUCUGGUCAAUGAAUAUGUGGAAGACGAUUUUGUUCGGUUGUUUCGCGAACAAUUAUCGACUGUCAACGGCCAUGUUGCUAUCGAGAAGAGAAAAGAUACAAAUGUGGUCAACGAAAUGGUACCCAAGAGAGCUAGUGAGACCAUACCACAGGAAUUGCUUCUUAAUGCGAAUGGUUUCAGAGUUAUCAAGGUUCUUGGAAGAGACUAUUUGCAGGUCCACGGUUCUAGGCGAGCUAAUGUAAUCCACCUUUUGGCAACUAGCAGUCAAGAUGAUGCUAUUGAUGCCUUAAACAAGGACGAUCAGAACCCCUUGUUGGCAUUGUAUGUUUUCGCUGGACCUCGGGUGGCUAAAUACUUGACCCAAUUCGUUCGCUCCAACGUCAGUUUUGUGAAUCAUAUUCCUGCCAACCUUCUUGUCGGUCCCGCUGCCCCGAUUGAUUAUCCUGUAUCUCCGAUCGCUAGAUACCGCCGGCAUAUGAUGGAAACUCCAAGUCCGAAGUUCGUGACUAGGCUUUCUGGCGAGCUUGACCUGCAGGGACUCGUUCGAGAAGGAUUAAAAAUGAGCCAGACACUGUAUAAUGACUCUUUACAGCCACUCAAGCCAACAGGUCAACCAAAAGAAGGGGACAAAAACUUCUUUGCUCAGGGUAUGCUGACUGGAUUUAUCCUUCUAGUCCUGCCGUUGUUCACUGGAGUGGUGGUCGGGACCUCUUAUAUCGUCCUUAAGCUCUACAGACACUGGAGAUAA